GUAUUGCGUUCAGACUUCAGAACUCUAAUUAAUAGGCACGGGGCACUUUUUCAGAGGUUCAGUUUUCUGCACCAGUGUAUAUUUGAGUCAAAAUAUAGCCUUCACUCUUACGUGUCAAGAACCUCCCAUCAUAACAUUUUAUUCAGAUGUCUAUGUCGCAAAUUUGCAUAGUAUACAGCCCACUUUAAUGGAAUGUUUGUACUAUUCUGAAAAAGUUCGCCAUUACUAGCUUCUAGAUGUUCAAUACGUCCCCGGUACAAAGGGAUGACGCACCUUCCCAGGCAUUUGCGUCUUCUGGCGUUACAAUGGAAACUAUGGAGACUGUUGUUGCUGUAGCAAUAGGCAUUCUUGCUGCUGUAUUUGUGGGAGCCUUGAUUAUUCUUGUCGUGAUUUGCCGCCGUCAGAAAGGCAGUGGAAAUUUUAUAAACAAACAAUGUCGAGAUAUGAGACCAGAUGUGCACUUGAUUGAAUCGGAGCGCCCAGAAUUAGAAUUGGGAGAAGUUCGCCUCCAUCCAGAUAUUGAACAAAUUCUUGCGGAUGAGCAAUGGAUUGGUGAUGCAACAGGUCUUGUACCGCAUUGUCUGGCCGUUCUUAAAACCUGCCACACAUUGACAGAACGGUUGGCUGCAUUGGCCAUGGGACCCCUGAAUCACAGCAAGACUGGCCAUGAGAUUGUUGAGGUUGCACGUCGUAUAUCUCCACGUGUGGAUGAUGUAGUGCGCAGUAUGUAUCCUCCUCUGGAUGCCAGACUGUUGGAGGCACGUACAGUUGCUUUAGCACUGGCUGUUGCACAUCUUGCCCUUGUCACACGUUAUGGUUGCAGUAUGGGACGGUCAUCUCGUCGACUGGCAUGGAUUGAUCAGGCACUUACUGAUAUGGAUCCACAUCUGUUUGUGUUACGUGAGGCAGCACUGGCACAAGAAGCUUCAUUCAGAAUCCAGAAUGUUAUUGGUCAAGGCUCCUCAAACACACCAGUUUAAAGCUCAUACAUUGGCAUUAGAUUGAAGUCUAGCUGUUACUUCUUUAUGUACUGUAUUUUGUAUGCAUUAUCCAGUGUUGUGGGACAUGUAAAGUUGUAAGUUAAGUUCAGUAAGUCUAACAUUUUACUUUUGUGAUUUCAAUCAGACUUUUAUCUGUGACUGUGAACAGUUUGUGUGUCACAGAAGAAUUUAAGAUUAUCCUAACCUUCCUGUCAGUCAAGAGCCCUUCAUACAAAAUGCGAAGCUUCACUUAUUUGAUCUAAUUGUUUUUAAGAUCUUCUGUAAGAUAAGCUGUAAAUGCUGCACAUCAUCAUGAAGUAUAUUAGAUAGCAACAGAUGUUUGAAUGCUCAAAUAGAAAAUAUUUUAUAAAAAAGCAAUACAGUAUAAAUUAGUAAAGUAUUUCAUUACUACUUCUUGCUUCCAAAGUGCUCACUGCUCAUGCUACAAGAAAUGGAAUAUUGGACUGGAGAAAAAUCUCAAGAUAUUUACAUAAAUUACAUCUCUUAUUGCAUGUGCAGAACUUAGAUAAGAGUAAAGGCUUUGUGCAGAGAGGGAAUAUUUCUUGUUUUAUCUUCAUGAAAGCAAAAAGUGAAGCAUGUAGAUAGUACUACAUAUUAACAAGAGGAAGAGUGGAAAGAGGUCAUUUACUAGUAAAAUCAUAAAAAAUGUUAUCUGAUCACAGGAAUCAUAUUCUUAUAUUUUGUAAAUAUUGAACUGUAUCAUAGAGUAACAGGCUGGCUGGUCCUAUUUACUUGAUGAAGAUUCUAUAUGUAUAUAAAAGAACAUAACAGAAGUGUGUAAUUUAAAAUGUGUAAUAGCCCCCCAAUUUAUGUUGUUACAUUCUGCUACAGCUGUCUUUCAUAAAGUGCCUUAAAUAAUUAUAUUAACACAUUCCUUUAAAUAUAUUUCUGAAUUAAUGCCACUUUUAAUUUUAUAAUGUAUAAUCAUGUACUUAUUACAUUACAUACAAUUGUUAUGAAUUUUGUCUGUUUUUUUUAACUUCAGCAAUAAUAGAACAAGUGACAUAAAGUCUUCCAUCUGCAAUGCAAUAAACUAUAUAAAAACCAA